GCGGCCUGGCUGGGUCGGAAGCGGCGCGGGCCCGUCCGCCGCGGCUCGGCUCGGCUCGGUUCGGUUCCGCUCGGUUCCGCUCGGCUCGGCGCCGUUCGGCUGAGGCGGGCGGGCGGGCGCCGCCAUGGUUUAAAGGGCGGCGGGUGGAGGCGGAGCGGCGCUGGAGUCAUGAACCUGCUCCCGGCCAACCCGCACGGCAACGGGCUGCUCUACGCCGGCUUCAACCAGGACCACGGUUGCUUUGCGUGUGGUAUGGAGAAUGGAUUCCGAGUUUAUAAUGCAGAUCCUCUCAAAGAAAAAGAGAAACAAGAAUUUCUCGAAGGUGGCGUUGGCCACGUCGAGAUGCUGUUCCGCUGCAACUACCUAGCGCUGGUAGGUGGAGGAAAAAAGCCGAAGUACCCCCCCAACAAAGUAAUGAUCUGGGAUGACCUGAAGAAGAAGACUGUUAUUGAGAUUGAAUUUUCUACAGAGGUCAAAGCAGUUAAACUGCGAAGGGAUAGAAUUGUGGUAGUUCUGGACUCAAUGAUUAAAGUUUUCACAUUCACACACAACCCCCACCAGUUGCACGUCUUUGAAACUUGCUACAACCCGAAAGGUCUCUGUGUCCUUUGUCCAAAUAGUAAUAACUCUCUCCUGGCGUUUCCUGGAACACACACUGGGCAUGUGCAGAUAGUGGAUCUGGCUAAUACAGAAAAGCCUCCUGUGGACAUCCCAGCUCACGAAGGCGUCUUGAGCUGCAUAGCUCUAAACCUGCAGGGAACAAGGAUUGCGACGGCGUCGGAGAAGGGGACCCUCAUAAGAAUAUUUGAUACUUCAUCAGGGCAUUUAAUCCAGGAGCUGCGAAGAGGAUCGCAGGCAGCCAACAUCUACUGCAUCAACUUCAACCAGGAUGCCUCCCUAAUCUGCGUAUCCAGUGACCACGGCACCGUACAUAUUUUUGCUGCAGAGGACCCCAAAAGAAAUAAACAGUCCAGUUUGGCCUCUGCCAGCUUUCUCCCCAAAUACUUCAGCUCCAAAUGGAGUUUCUCCAAAUUUCAGGUUCCCUCAGGCUCUCCGUGCAUUUGUGCCUUUGGAACAGAGCCCAACGCUGUCCUAGCAAUAUGUGCCGACGGCAGCUACUACAAGUUCUUAUUCAACCAAAAAGGGGAAUGCUCAAGGGACGUCUAUGCUCAGUUUCUAGAAAUGACUGAUGACAAGCUCUGACGGAGCCGAGGAGCGCGUGCCUCCCAGCACUGCCUUGGCUGUUCUGCAUCCUUGGAAGGACAGUGGCUGAAUGUCCAAUACUGAUCAGGAAGUUUAGCUGACCUCACGGAGAAGCCUGGCCCCACACGAUCAGAACAAGCUCUGAAGCAGUGGACUACGUAUGUGUAUUCUCAUUUCUGCAAGCAUUCAUCAUUGAAAUCUCUGGGUUAUGGUCAUCAACUCAAGUUCUCAAGACAUGGCUUUCAACAAGCUUAUACCUCUCUGGUUUCUCUUCAUCUAAACUGUGAAAUGACUUUUGGUUAAACGGGAGUGCCUGCCCCCCUGGAAGAUCUGCAGGGCCUGUAACCCACGUCAGG